UUUGAAGGGGACAAAAUAGAUAUUCAUGAAUAAAUAAAUAAUUUUUGAAAAAACACAAAAUUCGCGAUACUUUUUGAACACACCUCGUAAGUAUACGUGCAGCAAGAUUAUAUACAGUACGUUAUCCAAAUCGUAUGCAUCCUGAUUGCAAAACUUUUUAACCGACUGGACCGCAGAAUUCUAAAUAGUAAUUGUUUGAUGUCGGCAUCAAAAGUUGACGUAGGUCGUAAUCGUCGAAUAAGAACGAUCGGAAUGAAAAAAAGAAUUGUAGAAAUAAUUGCUCAAGAUUCUAUUACUAGUAUGUACACGUGUAAUAAGUCACGAAUCAGCUACAAAAUCUUAGAAACGACCUUGAUAACGACUCUCUUUUCGAGGAUUUGAAUUUGAUUAUAAAAAAGAUGAAAAGAUUUUACUGGCUCUUUAUAUAAAGAGAAGAAGGAAACUAUUUAUUAGAUUACUUAUUAUUUCAAAAUUAUUUUUUAAAAUAAUUUAGGACAACUUAAUGAUGUCGGUGCCUUCAAAUAUAGUUUUCGUCUUUUGGGUGGUCUUGCAGGUUUAAUUACACGUGUUGGUUCUUUGACAUAAACAAGGACGUGAGACGUACUAAAUCGAGAAUCGGGACAUAACUUUGAUGUGAAAUAUCUAUGUGUGAAGAAAAUACAGAUUGUCGUGAUUCAUUUGUUCGCGAGUGAACGGAAUGUAACACUAUUGUAUUUCUUUAUCUUUCGCCGAUUAAUUAUUACUAUAUUAAUGUAAGGUCAUCAGCAGGUGACAGAGUUCCGAGCUGGUAUCCAACGCGGUAUCGCUAUAAAUUAAAUUGUCAGUGUGUACCAGCGAGCAUAACAUUAUGUAACGUUAAAAAUGGCAUACAAAUUUAGAAACUGAAAUAUGAGAUUUUUACUCUUCGCUAUCGUAACGUGAGCUUUAACGCGCCGCUCGGGAAGAACCGGUUUUAUGAAUGGUCCAGUUUUGCAUAAUUAGUAGGCAUCUCUUUCCGCGUAAUUACAUCGUUGGCGUACCGGCCAAAACAUUUAGUAUUUUUAAUAUUCGCGAAAAAAAAGAUUCUAUUGUCACACGAAAUCAUACAAAAAUGAAACAAAUUGUGUUAUUGCGCGAAAUGCUGAUGUUUAUCUUACUUAUGUGCUCGUAAAAUAGAUCAGUUGUUUUAAUCCAGCAAUUAAUCAUUGUGCGCAAAAAAAUUUUUUAUAGUUACUCAAAUAUGUGUGAAUAAUAGUUUUUUGCAUCAAAACUUGGGUAUUAUUAAAAUGGAUAGUAAAGUAACACAGUUCAGCGUAGCUGUCAAAUAAAUCAUUCAAAACACGGCCUGUUAAACGUAACUUUUAAAAUAGCUUAAUUUUAUAAACUUUUAAUUUAAGUAAGUUUUAAAGAAAUAUUAAUUUAAUUAAUCCUGAGAAUGUGCAUAAACAGUAAAAAUGAUUCUAUGUAGUUCUAAUUAGCUUACCUAAAAUGUAUUUAAAUCCCAUAUUCUGCAAAUUGCGAAACUGAUGAUAAAUAAAUGAUAUUAUCAUUACCAAACAAUGUAUUAUCGUUGUUGUUACAUCCGUCAUUAUGUUCUGUUAAAAAUAAAUAUGCACACAUCAGAAAUUUUUUCUAUUACAAUACACGAAAAAAUAUAGAUUAAAAAACAAUAGCACAUAUGAAAUUUUUUUGCAAAUUACAAAACUGUAUAAAUAAAUAACAUCUGUAAGCAGUGUAUUAUCGUCAUCACGAUAAUAUCAGCUACUUUUUGAUAUUGUCGAAUAAUGUUCGCGUAUAUAAUAGCAAUUUUUUCUACUAAUGUAAACGGAAAAGUAAAGAUAAACAGAUAAUAGUGCAUGUAAAAAUUUUAAAUGCAAAAAUGCGCAGAUUUUCGGCGCCUAUAUUCAAUGCCUAUUCGUCGGAGUUGUUAGCGAAGGGGAAUGGGGGUUAUUGAUGGGCGGCCGAAUCCCAGGAAAGUAUUGGGAGCACUUCGCGUAGGCCAAGCCAGGUUUACUGCUUACGUAAAACAUCGUCGUUGGGUUAGGGUAGGUUAGGCUUCGCGGUGAAUGUUUAGUUCGAUUCCGUGAUCCGUCUCGAGAUCAGACGCAAAAAAAAGUUGGGUUUUGCCGGUGUGUAUGCCGGUCACGUCUAGGUCGGCGAGUCUCAUAUACCCCGCGUACCGAGCUGCCGAUCGCGCGCCGAGCGCUGUGGCCUCAGGGGCGUUUCCAUCUCAGAAGUAUGUUGAAUAUAUGCCCUUCUACUAAAGUACCUCAAGGGUAAUGUGGAAAGCUAUUGUCUAAAUUCUAAUUACCGUACAUUAUUGUUAUUAUAAAAAUUAAGUUAAAAAAAAGUUUUUCUCGAAAGGUACGCUACUAGCGUAUUUUUAACUUACGGAUGCUCCUGAGGCAGAGCGCCGCUCGCGUGUUCGCGAGCUCGUCCAUCGAGCGUCGAGCCAAAGCGGGGGGAAAAGUGGGCGUCGCGUCAGGAAUCGGCCCAAAAUGUGCAGAUCGUUGCGAGCUCUGCUAUAAAAGAUACCACACGUCGAAGAAGAGGUCAGAAAUCUCUUCAUCUCUUUGGAGAUAAGUUCUUCUUUUUGGCAGCGAUUCACAGCAACGUGCAACGAUACCUAUAAAAGUACGUAAUUUCGAGGCAAGGUACUAAACGUCGAAGGAGAGGUCAGCAAAAAUUUCUUUGUCUCUUCGGAGAUAGGCCCUUCAUUUUGGCAGUGAUUCACAGCAACGUGCAACGAUCGAGAAUAAAAGAAGGUCCAUUCGAGUCUUCUACAGCAAGAUGUCUACUCAGUUUGAAAGUGUCAACGGUCCUAAGACGCGAGAGUCCGCGAUUGAAAAUGAAGUACCAUAUUCUGAAAGUGAUAUUGCUAUUACGGGAAUAUCAGGUCGUUUACCCGAGUCAUCUACUAUCGAAGAGUUUAAAGAGAAUCUCAUGAAAGGAAUAGACAUGGUCACCGAUGACGAGCGCCGUUGGCCUACGGGCCUUUACGGGCUACCAGCAAGAUUUGCCAAAAUAAAGGAUCUCAGCAGCUUUGAUGCCACUUUUUUUGGAGUUCAUCCUAAACAAGCAAAUGUUAUGGAUCCGCAGCUUCGUUUAAUGCUCGAAGCAACAUACGAAGCUAUAAUUGAUGCUGGUAUCAAUCCUACAACCGUGAGAGGAUCGCGUACCGGUGUAUUUGUAGGAAUAUGUAACUCGGAAUCGGAAGAAUUUGGGAUGAGGGACCCAGAGGCCAUAAAUGGAUACAGUAUGCUGGGAAGCGCAAAAGCCAUGUUCGCAAAUAGAGUUUCGUACUCAUUUGAUUUUACUGGACCUAGUUACGCAGUGGAUACGGCUUGUUCAUCGUCCAUGUACGGGUUACAUCACGCUGUGAGCGCAAUACGCGCCGGCGAGUGCGAUGCUGCUAUCGUCGGUGGACUGAAUCUCGUGUUAAGGCCGAAUUCCUCACUUCAAUUUCACAAAUUGAAUAUGCUGUCCCAGGAUGGCAAAUGUAAGGCAUUCGAUGCUUCGGGUGUCGGUUACGUGAGAGCUGAAGCGGUGGUGGCAAUAUAUUUGCAAAAAGCAAAGAAUGCGCGUAGAGUAUACGCGACGGUGAUACACACAGGGACAAAUAUCGACGGCUACAAACCCCAGGGUAUUGUGUAUCCCAAUGGUGAAAAGCAGAACCAAUUGAUGAACGAUAUUUAUAACGAAGCAGGAAUUAAUCCCGCAGACGUGAGUUACGUGGAAGCUCAUGGUACUGGUACCAAAGUAGGUGAUCCAGAGGAGGUAAAUUCUAUCGACAAACUAUUCUGCAAAGACCGGAAGACUCCUUUGCUAAUUGGCUCAGUCAAAUCUAACAUGGGUCAUGCGGAACCGGCCAGUGGAUUAUGCUCAAUCGCUAAGGUAUUGAUCGCAAUGGAAGCAGGUGUAAUACCCGCAAAUUUGCACUUUGAUACUCCGAAUACAAAUAUUCCUGCCUUAAAGGAAGGACGCAUUCGAGUAGUCAACAAGGCCACACCAUGGAACGGUGGUCUCGUGGGCAUCAAUUCGUUCGGCUUUGGCGGCGCAAACGCACAUAUCAUUCUUUGCAGCAAUGCAAAACCAAAACUAUCACCGUUAUUGAACAUCACCGAAUCGUUACCGAAAUUGGUUGCUGUAUCGGGUCGAACGAAGGAAGCGGUACACACUUUAUUAGAUAAAACAAAAGAGCACUGUAACGACGAUGAAUUUCUCUCGCUAUUACACUUAAUACACAAUAAUGAUAUUUCCGGUCAUGAAAUUCGCGGUUACGAAGUACUGAACAUCGAUAAUACACGAGAAGUGACCGAGAGAACGAGUUAUAAAGAAAGGCGACCCAUUUGGUUCAUAUUUUCCGGUAUGGGCUCGCAAUGGCCAGGCAUGGGUCAUGGAUUGUUCGGCAUUGAAACUUUUCAACGUAGUUUGCGACGAUGCGCUGACGCGUUGGCACCCCACGGCAUCGACCUCAUUAAUAUCAUCAUGAACGCCACUGACGAGACGUUCGAGGAUAUACUCAAAUCUUUUGUGACUAUCGCGGCUAUGCAGGUAGCUCUCGUGGAUAUUUUAACGUCGAUAGGUAUAUCGCCGGACGGUAUAGUCGGACACUCCGUUGGAGAAUUGGGUUGUGCUUAUGCUGACGGUGCGUUUACACCGGAGCAAACUGUCUUAGCGGCUUACUCUAGAGGCAAGGCGAUUAUGGAUUCCAAGUUGGAACUUGGCGCUAUGGCGGCAGUUGGUUUAAGUUGGGAGGAAGCCAGAAAAAUGUGUCCACCCGAUAUCGUUCCAGCUUGUCACAACGCUGCGGACUCGAUCACUAUUUCCGGUCCGCCUGAGUCUAUGCAAAAAUUUGCAGAAACGCUCAAGAGCAAAGAUAUCUUCGUAAAGAUGGUGAAAAGUUCCGGCUACGCCUUCCACAGCCAAUACAUCGCCUCGGCCGGGCCUAAGCUACGCGCUUCGCUCGACAAAAUCAUCCCGAAUCCAAAGCAAAGAUCAGCCAGAUGGAUUUCCAGUUCCAUACCGGAGUCUGCAUGGAGCAGUCCGCUCGCGCAAUCUAGCUCGUCUGCGUAUCACGUAAAUAAUUUACUCUCUCCUGUGCUCUUCCACGAAGCGAUCGCGCGUAUUCCAGAGAACGCGAUAACAAUCGAAAUUGCACCACAUUGUUUGCUACAGGCAAUUUUGCGAAGAUCGUUACCACCAACGGUGACCAACAUCUGUCUCCAUAAACGCGAUCAUUCGGACAAUUUAAUCUUUCUGCUGUCUAAUGUGGGUAAGCUAUAUAUGGCUGGUGCGCAACCGAACAUCUCCAAAUUAUAUCCAGCGAUAAGUUUUCCAGUUGGUCGAGGAACACCGAUGAUCGGGCCUCUAAUCAAGUGGGACCAUUCUAUCGCGUGGGAUGUCCCUAAUUUUAAUCAGAUAUCAAGCCACUCGGGAGAACAUAUAGUUGAAAUAGAUAUAUCAAAAGAAACAGAUGCAUAUCUAGCUGGACAUGAGAUAGACGGACGAGUGCUUUUUCCAGCCUCGGGCUAUAUUCUUCUAGUAUGGAAAACUUUAGCGAAACUACGCGGCACUGAUUUUGAACAAUUGCCUGUGAUAUUCGAGAACGUGUGGUUUCAGCGAGCGACUAUUUUGACGAAGGAGGGAGCAGUAAAAUUCUCGAUAACCAUUUUCGAAGGAACGGGCGACUUUGAAAUCUGUGAGGCCGGUACAAUCGUCGUUAGCGGAAACGUCCGCGUGUCCAAGGCUAUCGAGAAGGAUCAAUCGAAGCUGCCGACACCACCAAUGCCACCUACCAACGAGGAGAUUUUGCCAUUGAAAGCUAAAGAUAUUUAUAAGGAAUUGAGGCUGCGCGGGUGCGAGUAUCGCGAUACCUUUCAAGGAAUCAAAUAUUCUGAUAAUUAUAGCGUUGUCGGUGAAUUAUACUGGUUUAAUCAAUGGAUUCCGUACGUAGAUACUAUGCUUCAGUUUAGCAUAAUGUCCUCUAGACAUAGACUACUGUAUUUACCGACGCGUCUCCAAUACGCCGCGAUCAACCCCGUUCUUCAUAAACGAUUGGUAAAAGAAUUGCCAGAAAAUGGUGGAUUACCGGUGUAUCACUACAAGAACAUCAAUAUUGUUAAAUCGGGUGGUAUCGAGCUCAGAAGAAUAAAAUUUUCUUUGGCACCUCGACGACAACAGACUCAAGUCGAUCCCAAAUAUGAACGGUACACUUUUGUGCCUUAUGAAAAUUCGAAUAAUCUAAUAGAAGAUCCAAAGAGAGGAAAAAUACACGCACUCACUGUACUUUUGCAAAUUAUGUGUGAGAACAUGAUGGCAAUGAAACUGAAGGCCGUGGAAGUUGCAGGCGAACGACCCGCAGAAGCUCUUUUAGCACCGCUUAUAUUUGAUAUUUUCAAUGGUGAACUAGGCUCGCCUAUCAUUGAUUUACAGGUGAUUGCAGAUUUUGCCGACAAUUACACAGAGAGUCUGCAUCAAAAGAACGUAAACGCUAAUGUCGUAAUACGAGAUGUGAAGAACGCACCUCCCGCUCAGGACGUGCAUCUCGUUAUAGCGGCGGAUAUUUUGUCAAAUCAAUCUCGCGUCGUUUUGAAAAACUUGGUGGCUGCCACAAAACCUGGUUAUUUCAUUCUUCUGGAGGAGACUGCGGUGCAAGUGGAUUUCAAGAGCGCGUUGAAGGGAACGGAUGUAACAUUAGUCGGGAAUCAAACUGAUCCGGUAGGAAAAAUUUACUUGCUGUUGAAGAAACGGGAAAAAAGGAGAGAAGCCAUUGUAAUACAUGUCACCGAAAAAAAUCUCUCGUGGCUGGAGAGUGUAAAGACAGCAUUGAAGACAUCUCGUAGCAAAGAUCAAGAAAUGCUCUUUGUAUCUCAGAAUGAAGAAACGCUUGGCUUAGUCGGACUCAUGACUUGUCUACGACGUGAGAUAGGCAGUACAAUUGCACGCUAUAUCUUCAUCCAGGACAAGAAUGCUCCUAAAUUUGAUUUAUCCGUACGGUUUUACGCAGAACAGUUGGACAAAGGAUUGAUGGCCAAUGUUCUAAAAGCAAGACAAUGGGGCAGUUAUCGACACUUGCCGUUGGAUUAUCAGAGCAAUGUAUCUUCCCUACAGGUGAAGCAUGCAUACGUAGACAUAUUGAUGAGGGGAGACCUCAGCAGCUUAAGAUGGAUGGAAGGCCCAUUAAGUUACUACCGAUCUGACAAUUUUCCCAAUAUGACGUUUUGCCACGUGUACUAUUCUUCAAUUAAUUUUAGGGAUAUCAUGUUGGCAAGUGGCAAACUAUCGCUAGACGCCUUACCACGGAAUAUGGCUACGGAAGAGUGCAUAUUGGGACUUGAAUUUUCUGGAAGAGACACCGAUGGUCGUCGCGUAAUGGGCAUGGUUGCAGCUAAAGGAUUAGCGACUACCGUGGUAGCGGAACGUGAUUUUCUUUGGGAGGUACCCGACAAGUGGAGCUUGGAACAAGCGGCAACGAUACCUGUCGCUUACACAACUAGUUAUUAUGCUCUGUUUAUACGGGGUCGAUUGAAAGCAGGCGAAAGCGUGCUAAUCCACGCUGGUACAGGCGGCGUCGGUCAAGCUGCAAUUGCCAUUGCUCUGUACGCUAAGUGUACCGUCUUUACUACCGUCGGCACGCCGGAGAAGAGAGAAUAUUUGAAGAAAGUCUUUCCGCAGUUAAACGACAGGCAUAUCGGCAAUUCCCGAGAUACAAAUUUUGAACAACUGAUACUUGUUGAAACAGAAGGGCGUGGAGUCGACGUUGUACUAAAUUCAUUGACAGAGGAGAAAUUGGAAGCUGGCAUUCGGUGUCUGGCGUACGGUGGCCGUUUCCUUGAAAUUGGCAAGUAUGAUAUGUUGAAUGGCAGCCGUGUAGAAAUGUCAAUGUUUUUGAAGAAUACGUCUUUUCAUGGUAUAUUGUUGGAUGAGCUAUUCGAAAAAGACAGCGUGGAAAAAAAGGAAUUGAUAAAACUCGUUUCGGAGGGAAUCGAAAAUGGCGCGAUACGUCCGCUCCAAUCAAACAUUUUUACAGAACAACAGCUUGAAUCGGGAUUCAGAUUCAUGGCGACAGGCAAACAUAAGGGUAAAGUGCUACUAAAAAUCCGUGAUGAAGAACCAAAGAAACGUGCGUCACCAACGCCAAAGACAGUAGCCGCGAUUCCCCGUACUUACAUGAAUCCGGAGAAAUCAUACAUCUUGGUUGGCGGUCUCGGUGGGUUCGGUCUGGAGUUGGCCGACUGGAUGAUCAGCCGCGGCGCCAAAUUUAUCGUUCUCGUAUCACGCUCAGGCAUACGUACCGGUUAUCAAGCACUGUGUGUACGUCGCUGGCGCGAAAGUGGCAUACAAAUUGUUGUUUGCACAGAGAAUAUUACGACGUUAACGGGUGCUAAAAGAUUAAUUCAAAAAAGCAACCGCAUCGCUCCGGUAGGCGGUAUAUUCAAUUUAGCAGCCGUCCUUCGUGAUGCUCUCAUCGAAAAUUUGGAAGAAGCCGAUUUCAAGACGGCUCUUUCACCGAAAAUCGAUAUUACAAAAAAUUUAGACGCGGUAUCGAGAAAACUCUGCCCAUCGCUCGAUUACUUUGUGGUAUUUUCGUCUGUAUCAAGCGGUCGUGGUAAUAUGGGUCAAACAAACUACGGUUUCGCAAACUCAGCCAUGGAAAGAAUGAUGGAAGAGAGGCAGACUAAUGGUUUACCUGGUCUUGCCAUUCAAUGGGGUGCCAUCGCAGACGUUGGCUUAAUCAUGGAAAUGAUGGGUGGUAACGACGCCGAGGUGGGCGGUACUAUACCACAACAGAUAUCAAGGUGUCUCGCAACGAUGGAUAUAUUUCUUCAACAGUCUCAUCCGGUGUUGGCUUCUUCGGUGUUAGCUGAAAAAUAUAAAUCCGACGAUGGCAACAAGGCCAAUCUUGUCACAACUGUUGCCAAUAUCUUAGGCAUUAAAGAUGUUGAUUCGAUUAAUCCCAAUAAUACCUUGGCCGACUUAGGUAUGGAUUCUCUAAUGGGAGUAGAAAUAAAACAGACUCUUGAGAGAAAUUACAAUAUCGUAUUAUCAACACACGAGAUCCGAAUUUUAAAGAUCUCAAAAAUGAAAGAAUUAUCGUUAAAUAAAUAAUGAGAAAUA